AUGAACUCUUCGUCAUUCUUUAUCACAUCAAAUUCUACUAUUUCAUUAAUAUCACGUUCGCCUGACGACGAUGAUGAUGUGGAGGAUCUGAGAUCAUCGAACUUUUUAUUGACUUCCAGGAG